CUCCAUUCUUUGUAAGUGGGAAAACUUGCAAAAUCGGCAGUGUAUCAAAUACUUAUUUUCCCCACCGUAAGUGGACAUUUCUCCAUAGCUUGGUUUACUUUCUAGUCCACAUUACAGCAUUUUUUGUUUGUAAGAUGUUUACUGUGGUUCCCUGUCCCAUUUUGUCCAGAUUAUGUGCUGUAUAACUGAAUACAUUUUUCUUGUUGAACCACUUAAUCUUAAUUAGGCGGAAUUAAUGUAAAGAAAUAAAGAAUAUUCUGUGUCCUCCUCUCUGUCUUUGACUCUAAAUGUAUCGUUCAGGGUCCAUCUCUGUUCAACUCAAAAUGGAGGAUGGUAAACUGAAGAAUGUGCAACUGUGGAAAUUCUUGUGAACAUAUUUAGGAUCUUAUGACUCACUGUGUUCCCCUAUUGUCAAUGUCCUUGGGAGAAAUAAUGGAGUGACUUAUUCAGCUGACCAAAUGUGCUACUACACAAUGGGGAAGUGAAGGGUUUUGACAUGGGGCAGCUGUGUAAGUUUAGUCUCUUACUAGCACUGUGUGGCUCAGUAGUGAAUAAAGAUUCAGUGGAACAGACUCUCAUUUCAACGGCCAUGAAGAGAUUUUACUACAUAUCAUGCAGCACUACAGCUCUGCUGACGAUGCUGAUCUUAGCCUCUGUGAAAGAUAGCAAAUGUAUACCAGACCCUCAUCAGAGAGAGCUUUUACUCCAAGAGGAAGCCUCCAGGCAGAUCGGUGGCAGAGUGGAGCUCAGUGCAGCAGAACGUCGACUUGACUCACUCUUGCAUAAACUGAAAGAGCGGGAGAUAAUGGCUCCAUGUUUCCCUCCAGCAAUGCACUUCUUUAAAGCAAAGCCCUACAUCCAAAUGAGUCCUGUGUUUAAAAUACUAAAAAAAAUGCCAAAAGGUGCUAUCCUACAUGUACACAGCACUGCUUUGGUAAGUGUGGAUUGGCUCGUGAUGAAUGUAACAUAUCGGCCUCACUGCUACGUUUGUUUCACAUGGACGGGACGUGUGCAGUUCAUAUUCUCAGCACGACAGCCAUUACCACGUUUGGGUUGCUCUCGAUGGAACCUAUUGGAGAACCUGAGGGCCACUCUCAGUGAUGUAACAACUUUUGACAAGAGUCUGAUGCAGAACCUCACGCUGUUCACUGAGGACCCUGAUGUAAAAUACCCAACUCAGGAUGAAGUGUGGAAUCAGUUUGAGCAAACAUUUCAUUCAAUCUCAGGGCUGGUCUCAUAUGCACCUGUUUUUAAAGAGUGCAUUUACCAAGGCCUCCUGCAACUCUACAAUGACAAUAUCUUGUAUUUGGAGCUGAGGUCUGGCCUUUCCCAGAUAUAUGAACUUGAUGGCACCAUUUAUGACAGAGAAUGGUCUAUUCAAACCUACAAAAAUGUAACAGAGCAGUUCACGCUGGAGCAUCCAGAUUUCAUUGGAAUUCGAAUAAUUGUUUCUGUCAAUAGAUUACAGAACUUGUCCAAGGUCAAAAUAGCAGUAAGAGAUACUAUUGAGAUGCAAAAACGAUAUCCAGAGAUUAUUGCUGGCUUUGAUCUGGUUGGGCGUGAGGAUAAAGGAAAUUCCAUCUGGUAUUUUCGAGAUGCUCUAUCAAUUCCUGCUGAAGUGAAAGCCAAACUUUCCUACUUUUUCCAUGCAGGCGAGACUGACUUAUAUGGCACAGAUGUUGACAGGAACAUUCUGGAUGCUCUGUUAUUCAACACUACGCGUAUUGGGCAUGGUUUUGCCUUGGCGCACCAUCCCCUGGCUAAAGAGCUCUCCAGAAAACUGGGAGUGCCAGUGGAAGUAUGUCCUAUAUCCAACCAGGUGCUGAAGCUGGUCUCAGAUCUGCGAAAUCACCCCGCUGCAGUGUUGAUGUCAGAGGGCCAUCCCAUGGUGGUGAGCUCUGAUGAUCCGGCCUUGUUUGGCACAACUGGACUCACCUAUGAUUUCUAUGAAGUCUUUGUAGGAAUUGGAGGUCUGAGUGCCAAUGUAGGCACGCUGAAGGAGUUGGCAAUGAAUUCAAUCAGGUACAGUUCCUUGCCAGCAGUGCUUAAGGAUAAGGCCAUGGCCUUAUGGCAGCAAAAGUGGAACAAAUUUAUAUCGGAGUAUUCACCAUAGUUACUGAAAGUUGAAGAAAACACUUGAAUGACAUUUUCACACUGAAAAGAAAAAAACAACCACAACAACAACAACAACCACCAACUCUCUGGUGAAGCCAUAGUUUAUUGGAGUACUGUUGCAGAGAUCCUUUGGCUAGUUGACUAAAUCCUGACCUUCAUGUUUUCUAAAAGUCUCCAUCACAUAGGGCUGGGUGAUAUUGUGAUAAUUUAUGUUACAAUAUGCUUUUCUGAAAUAAAGUGGAACUUGUGGUUUUCUUUUAUAAUAAAAACACAAUUCAAGAACAGAAUUUUAAUGUCAGUUUUAAGCGACAUUAACAUUGAAUGACUACAAAUCUGGCCUCCAGUUCAUUAACUUUUGUUAACUCCCAGUAAAGUUGCUACGACUAUGAACAGUUUUCAGUGUAGUCUUUUCUGAACACCUCAAAACUGAGCCUUCCAAUAAAUAUCACUCCACUGCCUCUAUCCACACAAUAAUACAUUACUUACAAUAAUGCAGAGCAAUGUUUUUUUUUAUUUCUGAUCUGUGAAAACGUGAUAAGACGUGUAUAAAAUAAAC